ACGAGUACCUAGUUUAGCACACAUACACAUACACACAAAUAAUUACCCAUACAACAGAUAGAUCAGUACACAAAUACAUAUCUGAGCUCACAUUGAACAUUUUAGAAAUUACCUAAAGAAAAUUUACAAGGAGUAGAAGAAAGAACUUGCGAACCAACACAAAAUCUGGGGGGCCAGAGGGGAGGAAGCAGUUUGGUCGGCUGGUUUGUUGGAUUCAGAUCUGGUAGGAGUACCACGCUCAUCAGGUGGUAAGGCACUGACAUCAAUCAAACAGAAUGGACCAGGAGGAUGACAAAAACUCUGUGGAUAUCCAUGACAACCCUCCAGCUCCAGAAAAUGUUGUGAGAGAGGAGGGAGACACCGUCUAUUUCAUAUACGAGGAGGAGGUGGAGGUAGAGGAGAAGGAACCAGAACCUCCUGAGCCGGUUGUCAUGGUCAAUGACAAACCCCACAAGUUUAAGGACCACUACUGCAAGAAGCCCAAAUUCUGUGAUGUCUGUGCUCGCAUGAUAGUCUUGAACAACAAGUUUGCUUUAAGAUGUAAAAACUGCAAAACCAACAUCCACCACUCAUGUCAGUCCUAUGUCGAGUUCCAGAGAUGCUUUGGAAAAAUUCCUCCUGGCUUCAGGAGGGCCUACAGCUCCCCCCUGUACAGCAGUGACCAACCAGAUCCAAACAACCCAAACAGGAAUGAUCCUGUUUUUGACACACUGCGUGUCGGUGUCAUCAUGGCAAAUAAGGAGCGUAAAAAGAAUGAAAAUGACAAGAAAAAUAUGAUGAUGAUGAUGGAAGAGGAAGAAGAAGAGAGCCAACAGCCCAAAGAGAAUGAAGAAGGAGAAGGAAAGCCUGAUGAUAAGAAGGAGAAAGGAGGAGACAAAGCUGAUGACAAGGCUAAGGGAACAUUCUCCCAUUCCCACUAUUAUCUGGCCCUCUACCGCUUCAAAGCAAUAGAGAAAGAUGACCUCGACUUCCACCCUGGUGAUCGGAUCACUGUACUAGAUGACUCCAAUGAAGAAUGGUGGAGGGGAAAGAUGGGGGAGAAAACGGGCUACUUCCCUACCAACUACCUCAUAAAAGUGAAAGCAUCAGAAAGAGUUUUUAAGGUGACACGCUCCUUUGUUGGUAACAGAGAAAUGGGACAAAUCACACUGAAGAAAGAUCAGAUUGUGGUCAAAAAGGGAGAUGAGAAAGGUGGCUACUUGAAGGUCAGCACUGGACGCAAGCUGGGCUACUUCCCCGCUGAUCUGCUGGAGGAGAUUACUGUGACAUAAAGACACAAGUGGAGAUUGUGGAGAUUGUAUGAUGUAAUGGCUCUUGUUUUGGUAACACCAAUGCCCAGAUUCUUUAUGUAACUGCCUGCUGAAUAAUGAUGGGUUGUUGAGGAAGCCUGAAAGAAUUGCAGAAGGGUCUUACUAAAUGUACUGAUUAAUAGGAUGCAAUAGAAUCUAGCACUGAGCUGUUUCUUAAUCAAUCAGCUAUUAAAGCUUUUAGAUCAAAUGGACAAAAGGAGAUUUGACAACAAAUGGGAACAUAUUAUUAAAUCAAAUUACUCAUGAGAAAAUCACAACUUAGCUUCAAUAGUGACAUCUAACAGUCAGAUUCUUGAUUGUGACCCUUAUUUAUGAUAGUAACCGUGGCAACCAGUGGAAUUGAAAAAAGUGCAUCUGUUAUUUGGUCUCUUCUGUGGUACUGUAGAAACAUGCAAAACGGAGAAAUACAAGAUGGCAGAGUUGGUGGAGGGCACCUUCCCACGUAUAAAUUGAUGGCUAAUUCCUAGUGAAUAAAAAUAAAAUGAUUUUAGAUAUUCAAGUGUUUUAAUACUUAUUCAGAUAGGCCUACUUAAAUAAAAAUAAAUAAAAUAUUUAACAUAUUUGUUUAAUUCUGACCAAAUUCCCCUAAAUGCUACUAGGCAAAAUAUUACACACCUUUAAACUUUUUUGAUGUAGAUAGUAUAUUUCAGUCUCAUUCAGCAAAACUGCAAUUUAAAAUGACACUACAAAUUGUGGUAUAGCCUACAAAUUAAUCGUUUUGCAUAGUAUUUUAUUUAAUUAGAAAUGAUACAAUCACUUUUUUAAGCAUUAAAGAGGUCCAUCCUAUUCUCUGAAAUAGAUGCUUCAAAGUCAUUUUAACAUGUGCAACACGUAUGUCAUGCUGAUUUUUCUAGAUCAACUUUUCUUUUUCAAAAACAAUGUGUAGCAGUUACAGUGCUAAAAACAGUUUCAAAUGUUUUCCCUUGUAGCUAUUGAAAAACAGGCAAAUGCUCUAAGACCUUUUUUUUCAAUUGUUCAACCUGAAGUGUUCUUGAAAACUCUAUGGUGUUUAAUGAAUACCUCUGAAUGCUAUUGUGAUACACAAAUUUAACUUGUUUGACAUGCAGAAUAUACAUAUUGUGCCACUUUGGCCCUUGAUCAUUUCCUGUAUUCAUGCUUUGUAAUGAUUCUGACAUGACAAGUAGCUGAAAUCUAGAUUCAAGUCAGGAUGUUACUGUUCUGGAUAGAAAAAAUGUUCUCACCAGGACCAAAUAUAUUUAUGAAACACAAAGUGCAUCACUAAUACUUGUUAUUAUUAUUAAAACUUAAGAUGAUAAAGGAUUUGAAAAAAAAAAAGAAUCUAAAACACAAUUCAGAGAAAAAUGCUAGAAAAUAAUGAUACAUCAUUUUGAAUUUAAAGUCCCUAUAAAGUGAUAUUAAAAAAUCUUUAUAUUAGAUUCAUAGUAUGACAGGCACUGUGUUGUGAACCAUCAGGCUAAUUUUCAGUCAUAAAUAAACAUCUCUAAGUAUAAACAAUUAAGCUUAAAAUCAUGAAAAAUGAGUUAAUUAAAUCCACUCUUGUCAGUUGAAUAAGCUGAAGCCACACCCUCAUAGAAGAAAAAAAUGCUUCUGAUCAGAAUGCAGCUGUCUGGCUCUGUGCAACAGCGGAGAGACAGAAGUUGGGGAUUCACUUUACUGUUUUAUGGAACAAUCUCUCCAUUAUGAUACUAUUAAUGACCUGUAGUCUACUGUGGCUGAUAGAUAUGGGCAAUUAACCUCACAGUGAACAUAAACAUGUAACUGACUGUUAACUUCCAAUGACGGCAGUGUCAUCAGGUAACAAAAGACUGUACUGAGCUGAACUGCUUAGUGAUUUUAUAUCAUAGUGCUGGGGGGGGGGCGGGGUCAUUCUCAAAAGAUAUCAGUGAUGUCAUGGGUUCAUGUAUUUUCCCAGCCCAAAUUAAACCAAGUCAGGAAAAAUAAUAAAAAAUAAUACAAAAAAUCAAAAUUAAAAAAGGUCAGUCGCACAGUGAUCUCAGUGUUUUUACACGUUUACAGCAACCUUAUUCCAACAUAUUUAGUGUGUUAAGAAACACAUUUUGGAUUUCACUUUACAUGGACUUUAAAGGUAUGAUCAAUAAGAAAUUUCAGAAACUUUUGCCUGUGCUGCACCAGAGGGAGCUCCUCCACUAAGCCUGAUUUUUCUGAUAGCUUUGUAUUAUCCCAAGAAAAUAUUUGGUGUGAAAUAAAUUUGAGACAUGUUGAGUUCAUUGCAAGUGUUUAACCCUCCUGAUAAUGAAUAAACCUUUUUUGUUAAGCUCUGAUUGAUAAGCAAUGUUAUCUCAAAGA